AACACCAAUGAAUAAGACUUGCAAUCACGCACAGAUCCUUUUCAGAAGACAAUAGGGAAAAGUAGCAUCCCUUAGUGGUUUCGUUCAGGCGACAGGGCCUUGGCGUGAAUACAGCAAAGUUGAGCAAUCUGGCCAACAGAAGACACAGUGCAUCUGAGUUCCAUCGAAGUUGAAACAGAUGCCUCGAAAAAAGAACUGGCGCAAGGGCUGGCAUCAUAGGACAGCUGUCUUAUCUGAUUUGUUUAGGAUGGAGGUGGAGGGCUGGGACUCUGGUCUAGAGGAGGAGCUGGGGGUGUCUCUGGAGGAGCUGAGGAAAUGGAUAGAGGAGGAGGUAGAGAGGAGUGAGGCUGUCCGCCAGAGGAAAGCCCAGCUGGCUGAGCUCAAGGACUGGGUGGAAAAAAAAGAGAAGGAGGAAGAGGUGGUGGAGAAACUUUUCAAUAAUGCCAAUCAGUCCAUAGUGGAGUGUGAGGCUCUGGUCAAGUCCACAUACAGUAAGAUGGGUCUGGUCUACAAAGAGAGCUCUUCAGAGGAUGAGGCCGGAGUGGGAGGGGCUCAGUCCUCUGAUGUCAUAGAAAUUGAUGACGAUGAGGAUGACGAUGUCAUCGCUGUGGGUUUACUGGUUCCACCCAAGAAACCAGCAAUACCUGUUCAAGAUGCAAUGUUCAAGGAGGCGUCAGCAGCUCUUCAGCGUUCCUCUCAGCAGGUUAUGAAACUGGCCCAGACUGUCAAUAAGAACCCUUCUUCCUGCCCUGCUAUACAACAGACAAGUGGCCCGUUGCCGGCUGUGUUUGUGUCACAGGCCACUCCAAGGAACACGCCCACUCAGCCUAACCCCUCCCUGAAGGAUGAUGAGAUCAAACUGGAGAUGAGCAUUCUGGGAAAGAAACGCACAAAGACCUGGCACAGAGGAACACUAAUAGCUAUCAACUCUGUUGGUAAUGGUUACUAUAAGUACAAGGUGAAGUUUGAGAACAAGGGGAAGAGCCUGCUGUCUGGUAACCACAUAGCCUUUGACUACCACCCCACUCUGGAGAGGCUGUACGUGGGAGCCAGGGUGGUCGCCAAGUACAAGGAUGGCAACCAGGUCUGGCUCUAUGCUGGCAUUGUGGCGGAGAUGCCCAACAACAAGAACCGCAUGAGAUUCCUGAUCUUCUUUGACGAUGGCUAUGCCUCCUACGUCACCCUGCCUGAGCUCUACCCUAUAUGCAGACCAAUGAAGCGUACAUGGGAGGACAUAGAAGAUGCAUCGUGUAAGGACUUCAUAGAGGAGUACAUAACAGCAUAUCCUAACAGGCCCAUGGUGCUACUGAAGGCAGGCCAGGUUAUCAAGACUGAGUGGGAGGGGACGUGGUGGAGGAGCAAGGUGGAGGAGGUUGACGGCAGCCUUGUUAAGAUCCUCUUCCUGGAUGACAAGCGUAGUGAGUGGAUCUACCGCGGUUCCACCAGGCUGGAGCCCAUGUUCAACCUGAAGACCAAUUCUGCCAACACCCAGGAGAAGAAGAUGGCUGGUCAGCAGAGGACCCGUCCUAGCAUGGGAGCAUUGAGGACCAAGGGUCCCGUGGUCCAGUAUCACAGCGGGGGGAACGCCACUGCCGCCGGUGGAACCCCUACCAAAUCUCCCCACCCCCUUUCGCCACCCGCCUCCGUCCCCCCGGCACCAUCCCAGCCCAAUCAGCCGGCGCAGACUGAGAGUCCGAAGUUUCAAAUGGCCAAGAAGAGCACUUCUCCGUACGUUCCCCCACCAGGAGGCUCUCGGUCGGCCAGUAACACCCACCCGCCUAAAGCCAUACUGCCCCAAACCUCCCCGGGUGCCCCUGGAAACCCUUCCAGGGUGUAUGUUGUCCAGACUGGCAACAACCAGAGUGUCCCGUCCCAGCAGCCUGCCCCACCCCAGCAGCCAUCCCUGGCCCCGCCUCCCCCUCCACAAGCCACUCCCACUGCCUCUCCACCUGCGGUGAUCCCGUACACCUUCAGUAACGACCGGAUCCCUCACGAGCCCUCAUAUCGCGCCCCCACAGACCGCAUCUUCUACCUACCUCACACCUGCCAGCCGGCAUGUCUGAACCGCAUCCGGCCCCCCAGGCCAGACAUGCACCGGGGACGCAACCCCCUGCUCACCCCUCUGUUGUAUGAGUUUCGGCGCAUGACAGGACGGCGGCGAGUCAAACGCAAGAUGUCCUUCCAUGUGAUCUACAAGUCUCCAUGUGGGCUGUGCCUGCGCAGCAUGGCCGAGAUCCAGCGCUAUCUUUUCCAGACGCGCUGUGACUUCAUCUUCCUGGAGAUGUUCUGCUUGGACCCCUACGUUCUGGUGGACCGGCGCUUCCAGCCCCAGAAGCCCUAUUACUACAUCAGGGACAUCACCAACGGCCGCGAGGACAUCCCCCUGUCCUGUGUCAACGAGAUCGAUGUCACGCCGCCCCCCAACGUGGCCUACAGUAAGGAGCGUAUCCCUGAAGAUGGUGUGUUCAUCAACACCAGCCCAGAGUUCCUGGUGGGCUGUGAAUGUACCGAUGGCUGCAGGGACAAGUCCAAGUGUUCGUGUCACCAGCUGACACUGCAGGCCACAGCCUGUACCCCUGGAGCACAGAUCAACCACAACGCUGGAUACACACACAAGAGGCUGGAGGAGUGUAUGCCCACCGGGAUCUAUGAGUGUAAUAAGCGUUGUAAGUGCUGCAGUCAGAUGUGUACCAACCGCCUGGUGCAGCACGGUCUGCAGGUGAGACUGCAGCUGUUUAAGACCCAGAACAAAGGCUGGGGAAUCCGCUGUCUGGACGACGUGGCCAAAGGCUCCUUUGUCUGCAUCUAUGCCGGUAAGAUCCUGACCGAUGACUUUGCGGACAAGGAGGGCCUGGAGAUGGGUGACGAGUACUUUGCUAACCUGGACCACAUAGAAAGUGUGGAGAACUUCAAGGAGGGCUAUGAAAGUGAAGCCCACUGUUCGGACAGUGAUGGGAGCGGGGUGGACAUAUCCCGUCUGAAGAACCCUCCCUCUUCCUCCCUGUCGCUGCAAAACAAGGGUCCUUCAAAACCCCCUCAGAAAACCAACGCUUCCAACCCCGCCGGCAAAGCGCGGGGUGCUCGUGGUGGAGAUUCCUCUAAGGAUAGUGAUGAAGAUGACCGCGAUGAAGAGUCCAACGAUGACAGCUCUGAUGACACGUUUGUGAAGGAUCCCUACUACAGUUCCAGCUCUGUGUGGAGGAGCUACACCACCCGUCGCCAGGCCAAGGGAGCCAAGGAAGGGAGCCAGGACAGUAAGGAUGGGAUGAGUGUGUCAGCGGGUGGAACAGAGGACAGGAAGCCACCCCCCAUGCCGGAAGAGAGCGGGAAGAGUAAAGUGGUGUCCUGGCUCACUAGCCAACCCUCAACCUCACAGGCCACCAUUAAGAUGGAGGGACUGAAGAUUGAAAAGAAGGAGCAAGUUGACCCCAAAAGUGGUCAACAGUCAGUGAAAACCGAGGGAGGAAAGAGACAGGAUGUGAUGACGCUGUCAGACAGUGAUGACGUCCAGACCAUCAGCUCUGGAUCUGACGACAACAAGGAGAGAGAUAAGCGCACACAGGGUACAGUAAAGAGGCAGGUGGCUGUGAAGUCCACGCGAGGCAUUGCCUUGAAGGGCUCCCACAGCCUUAUGGUGAAGAGUGGAGGCCUGGCAGCCGGAGGGGGCCACGGGGGGGGGCAUGGGGGGCAGGGAGGGGUGCAGGGCAGGGUGGGUGACGGGAUAGACAACGGGCCCAAAAACACACGACAGUUCUUUGACGGAGAGGAAUCCUGUUACAUCAUUGACGCCAAGCUGGAGGGGAAUCUGGGGCGCUACUUAAACCACAGCUGCAGUCCUAACCUAUUUGUCCAGAACGUGUUUGUAGACACCCAUGACCUGCGCUUCCCCUGGGUGGCUUUUUUUGCCAGCAAGCGUAUCCGUGCGGGGACGGAGCUGACGUGGGAUUAUAACUACGAGGUAGGGAGUGUGGAGGGGAAGGAACUGCUGUGUUGCUGUGGCUCAACAGAGUGCAGGGGAAGACUGCUGUGAGACCACACCCUCUACCUCCAUCUUACCCUACCCAUCGUUUGAGGACACUGCAAUCCAUCGCCCUCUUUAUGCCUCUGGAAGUUUAGAAGACUGUUGAAAGAUGGUACCUGCACACAAGUCUCUCCUGGGACGCUUCUUUCUCCCCCCCUUGCUCCCUAUUAUGGUGGGCAGGACUUUUCCAUUAUAUAUAAUUUUUUUUUUUGCUGGUGUAUUUUCGUAUUGUAGUACUUUACUGUUAUGGCUGUAUUUCCAGUCUGUCAAUUCAGACCAAACUGUUCUUUUCACAACCAAAUAAAAACUCAUUUUCCACACAUCAACUUUUGUUUUAAACAAUGGCUGUCGGGACUGUAUCAUAUGACUGAUCGUGCUACGGAAGCGGCGGAGGAAGACAACUUUCUCUGCGAACAUCAGAUAUUUCCAUGCCAUUGUGAAGUCAGUCAUUCGACGUGGCAUUCCUGUCCAAACCAGCACUGAGCAUGGUUGAAAGAAGUGGGCUAUUCUACUCCCAAUCUUCUAGGAAACGAUAAGAAUAAUGUACGUGAAGUAGCAACACUGUGGAACUGUUCCACGUGGUUCUGGGUCUGUUUAACGUUGCUUAUGGGUAACACUGCUCAGCCCGUUCCUCUCCCUCCACGGACUGACCAAGCCGAGGCUCCAACAAGUGGCCCUCUGCCUCACUGUCCACUGGGACGAUGACUGUGUGCCUGUAACGUAGACCUAUUGUCUGGUCUGGUGUAGUCUGUAUUCCCUCAUUCUGCCUGAAUGUUAGGUUUUAUACAACCGCUAAUACACACAACCUGUAGUACACUUCAGAAUUUAAACACACUUCCCGAAACGCU